UCUCUAAGACACUUUCUUGUCUUUUUUGGAAUUAUAAAGUAGAAUGGUGGGUAGUAGAUUUUCAUUACAAGAAAACACAAUAAUCAAAAGAUUUCGUCUUGUCUCAAAUAUUCUACCUAUCAAGUUUGCAUUUGCAAAAUCACGCGUCAUUAAUUGUCUUUAUUUUUGGAUCGCCAUUGCCAACCACCACCAAGAACUCAGAGCCAAACAUCUUCAGAAUCAUCGAGAACUCGGAAUUGGAUUUUGUUUGUCUUGAAACUUAGCAAAGAUGAAGUUUGGGAAGGAAUUAGCUUCCCAAAUGGUGCAAGAAUGGCAGGCAGCAUACGUGGAUUACAACGAACUCAAGAAACUGCUGAAAGAUCUCUUGAGGUUCAGAAAGAAUCACGCAUUGCCAUCAUCCCCUGGCCCUGCGGCCCGUCAACGCUCCCUGACGAGGAGGCUAACCAUGUACAGGGCAUUCAGCGGGCUGACUGGCCUGAGGGGAUCCCCGAGGAAGAGUGAGGAUGAAGUGAUAUUGGUGAGUGCGGUGGAGCAAGAGGGCUCUGAUUAUUAUUACCAGACCAUGUUUUUGAGGUCAUCGGAAGAAGGCGGAGAAUACGAGCUCAUGUUCUUCAGGAAACUGGAUGCGGAGUUCAAUAAAGUGGUGAAGUUUUAUAAGGGAAAGGUGGAGGAAGUGAAGAGAGAGGCGGAGGAGCUGAGCAAACAGAUGGACGCACUUAUUGCUUUGAGGAUAAGGGUGGAGAAGCCUUAUGUGGGAGAGGGAUUUGUUCCGGCAGAAGUCAGGGUUGCAGCAACUGCUGGGAACUCAGCUCCUGCAACUGUUAUUGCAUCAGUCAAUGGUGUGAAGCAAGGAGGACUACGAAUGGAUGUAAUCCAAGAAGUUGAGAUGAGCACUGAGGGCAAUUCUGUAGGUGAACAGGUGAGCGCCGAGAAGAACAGGAAGGACGGUCGAAGCUUUAGGCCUGCUUCUAUAGAUGUUUUGGAUCAUGUAAAAAUAAACGUUGAUCCCGACACUCCAGUCUCGACUUUAAGAAAUGUUAUCAAGAGUUCAAAAUCAGACCCAUCAUUCAGCAAGGAGGAGCUGACAAAAGCAGAAGAAAAAUUGAGGAAGGCCUUCAUCGAAUUUUACCAACAGCUUCGACUUCUGAAAAGCUACUGUUUCUUGAAUAUGCUUGCACUCUCCAAGAUCAUGAAGAAGUAUGACAAGAUCACUUCAAGGAGUGCUUCAAAAUCUUACUUGGAGAUGGUUGACAAAUCUUAUCUUGGCACCUCUGACGAGGUUAACAAACUCAUAGAAAGACUAGAAGCCACAUUCAUCAAGCACUUUGCAAAUGGCAAUCGCAGAAAAGGAAUGAAAUCUUUGAGGCCGGGACAUAAAAAGGAGAGACACAGAACAACGUUUUUCCUUGGUCUUUUUACUGGUUGCUCAAUAGCACUGGUUGCUGCUAUUAUUGUCUCCAUACAUGCCCGGAAUCUUCUUAAUCAUGAGGGACGAGGGCAGUACAUGGAUAAUAUAUUUCCACUCUACAGCUUGUUUGGAUUCAUUGUCCUACACAUGAUCAUGUAUGGAUCAAACACAUACCUUUGGAGGCGAUUCAAAGUCAACUACCCCUUUAUAUUUGGAUUUAAACCAGGAACAGAAUUAGGUUUUAGAGAGGUUUUCCUCCUUGCUUCUGGCCUUUCUGUACUUGCAUUAGCUGCUGUACUUUCAAACCUCGACAUGGAGAUGGAUCCAAGAACACAAAGUUUUGAAGCACUAACAGAACUGGUUCCUCUAGGCCUAGUCACUGUUGUGCUUCUUAUAACCUUCUGUCCUUUCAACAUCAUUUACCGUUCAAGCCGCUUUUUUCUCCUUCGGUGCGCAUGGCACUGUAUUUGUGCCCCGCUGUACAAGGUUACUCUUUCUGAUUUCUUCUUGGCAGACCAGUUAACAAGCCAGGUUCAGGCUUUCAGAAGUUUGCAAUUCUAUGUUUGCUACUACGGGUGGGGAGACUUCAAAAAACGAUCAAACAGGUGCCUCGAAAGCAAUGUAUAUGAAGUUCUAUAUAUUGUCAUCGCCAUCAUCCCUUUCUGGUCACGGGCCCUUCAGUGCCUUCGCCGCCUAUUUGAGGAGAAAGAUACCAUGCAAGGGCUAAACUGCCUAAAGUACUUCUCCACCAUAGUGGCGCUCGUCAUGAGGACAAUAUACGAUCUUAGGAGAGGACCGUUUUGGAAAGUCAUGGCGGCAUCAACCUCAGGAGUUACCACGGUCUAUAACACAUACUGGGACAUUGUCAUAGAUUGGGGUCUUCUGCAAAGGAAUGCCAGAAAUCCAUGGCUCAGAGAUAAGCUGUUGAUAUCAAACAAGGCUGUAUACUUUGUGGCAAUAGUAGUGAACAUUCUUCUAAGACUUGUAUGGAUGCAGCUGGUUCUUGAUUUCCAUGAAGCACCAUUUCUCCACAGGCGAGCCAUGGUUGCAGUGGUUGCCUGCUUGGAGAUACUCCGCCGUGGGAUAUGGAACUUCUUCAGGUUGGAGAACGAGCACUUCAACAACGUAGGCAGAUAUCGAGCAUUCAAAUCAGUACCCUUGCCAUUUCACUACGAAGAUGAAAAGAUUAUGUGACAGUACAUGAACACAUUACAGAUUCUUUGUAUACAGAAGAAAAUCACAUGAGAGUUGGAAUUCUUUUGCAUUGUUUAGAUUUCUUGAGAGAAGAGUGAGAGAUGUACAGACAAAUAAUGGUUAAUAUGAGGCUUUGUCGACAGUA